UAUAAAAAAUAUGGGCUGGAAUCUUAUAGGACCUAUACUCAAAUGUAUGCUGAAACAAGGGCAAGAUGAUACUGAGAGAGAAUAUUGUAUGAAAAUGCUAGACAAGUUGGUAGAAAUGUGCAGUGCAAAAGAGCUUAUAUUGGGCUUCCUGGAACAGAUUGAACAAGCUUCUAUGGAACAGACAUCCUCAGUUAUUUUACUUCUGCUUAAGCCUUUGCAAGAAGUACUUCUUAAACUUGAUACUAAGAAAGCAUAUUCAGUGGGGUUGUCGCUGUCUACCAUUUUGAGCCAACUCUCCUGUCUGCCCAUUCCAUACACAACACAGCAACUGCAAGAAGACCAGCAUGGGCUUUGCCAGUGCCUCAAUGCUCUAACGCAGUUUGUCAGACCAUUUGUCCUUGAAACUGUUCAACACAUGGAGAUCACAUCGGGUGGCAAUUGCAAUGAUCUAAAGGAAGAACUACUAGGAUUUUGCCUGAAAAGUUUAAAGUAUCCAUUGCUAAUGGCAGAGCUUGAUCUAUUGGAGGAAGAGAUGGCUGAGAAUCCCCUUAGGCAGUUUGCAGCUGAGAUAGUUAGAAUUUUAGCGGAUAUUAGAGAAUUAUUUCCACAAGUGCGUUUUCAGUCAACAUGCAAAAGUGAAAGCUGGGAUAAUGAAGACUUAUGGAAAAUGGACAAGGAACAAUCUACAGAUGCUUUGGCGUGUCUGUCUUAUAUAGUAUUUGUUCAGGACUGUUUUGGUAUUGACUGCCUCCCAGUAGUUUUCAACCCAUCAUAUAUUUUGCAGUGCAAUAUGGUACAUAUUAGAGCUCUGUUGAAAAGGACAGAAGAAUCUGUUUUAUCAAAAGGACUUGCUCUUUUGGAAAACUGUCUCCUGAGAUUGGAGAAUAGCAGCCUUUUUCUUCAGUAUUUGGAGUUUGAAGGCUUUAUUACAACACCUCAGGAUUUGGUCAAGAUUAUGACCCAAUGCCCUUUUGAAUCUCUGAGAAAGAAGAGCUUGAAGAUUUUUCAGCUGUAUUUAGAUAAGUUUGAUGAAGAGGGAAAAUACAUAUUAUUUAGAGGUUUAUUAAAGACGAGCAACCAUUCUGGCGUGGAAGGACACAUUAUUCAGAAUAUUAAAAAUCAAAUUGAUUUGGCCUUAAAGAGGGCAGAAGGCAGCAGGUUUUUUAUUGGAGUCCAGCUGGUCUCUCUGUUGGACACGGUGCUCUCACUUCCUGAAGGUGCUGAAACUGAUCUCCUCCAGCACUCAGACAGGAUAAUGGCCUCACUGAAUUUGCUGAGAUAUUUACUUAUUAAGGAUAAUGAAGAUGUCAAUAAGACUUGUGUAUGGACAGAACUUUACAAGAUAGAGAGAUAUUUCUUGAAGCCUUUACACACUGGACUUAACAUGUCAAGAGCACACUAUGAAGCAGAAAUAAAGCGGAAGAAAGAAAACAAAAGAGCACGGCCUCGCAGUUCUAAAAAGACUUGUGCUCAGUUGGUAGCUGAAGCAAAGAUGUCAGGAAUUACAAAGGACAUGGAGCUUCAAGCUCUUCACUCUGCACUUUUCACAUUUGAUUUAAUGGAAAGUGUUCUGGCAAGGGUAGAAGAACUCAUUGAAAACAAAGGCUGCAACUGAAGAAACCACUGGAGUCAAAUAAAAUCUUUAUUUCAGUAUUUCACUUGUUAAGUCGGACUGACCAAAAUAUAACAUGCCAAUUGUUUAAAAAAUGCAAAAUAAUAAUUAUUACAGACUUCUAGAGAGGUUUUAGAAUAUAUCUUUCCUCCUAAACCUUCAGACGUUAGUCCCAGGAUUAUAUUGUGCUCUUGUUAUAUUUUGAAUGUCAGAACCGCAGGUAUCUAUCACCAUGCAGUUUCACACUAACGUUUUAUGUAACACUACCUAUUUAUAAAGGCAUACUAUGAAAUAAAGUACCAAUAUAAAAGUAAGCAAAAAGUACAAAAGGUAUUACUUGGUACAAUCAGUUUUAUUCACAAGAUUUAUGAUUAGACGGAUUACUAAAAAUUGAGGGAAACUAUUGUUCUGCUUGAAUCCCAUAAAAAUCAGAUGCAGAGAAUUGGUGAGAUCCUCCAGGGCAGUUUGAGAAACACAAUGGAAGGGGUGGAAGAUAAUUGGCAAAAGUUGUUUACUUUCUCUUGACCCUUCCCCUUCUAGCCGCAAGUCUCAGUUAGAUUGUAAUUUGUUCUAUGAAUAGUAGGACUUUCUCUAUUAACAGAAUCCAGCUGGUUCUGGAUUUAAUCCUAUAGAAUUAAGUCUCAUACUAGUGAAUAAAUUGACAAAAGCUGCUUAUAAUUUAAUUCCUAUCUUUGUCACAGGCUUAUUAUAUACAGAUGUGUUGGAAAGAUUAUUCUUAUUACAUAAAUUUCAAUCUGUACGAUACAAAUCCCCAUUGUAUAGUAAUACAAAGAGAAGAAAAAUAACAACAUUGCUAAAAUACAGAAUAAGAAUUAUCAAAAAGCAAAAAUAGAAGUGAGUAAACUAUUGUGAUGUAAAACUCUAAAUUUAGAAUCAUGUCUAUUAAUUGCUCUUUUUGAAUAAUGACCAUUCCCCCCCAAACUUAAUUAGAAGGUAUUGAUAUUCUUAUUUACAAGUUGUGGUUUAUAUCUGUCCUUCUUUUGUUUAUUGAAAGGAAAGUAUAUAAAGAUAACGUUCCUUUCUUUGUACCGGAGAUUAAACAUCUAAUUACAGAGAAUUUUUUAUUCUGAAUAUAUCUGUUAAAGUGUAUUUUCAGACAGGUGUUCUGAUUUUUUUUGUGGGUAUGUUUUUUAAAGCAGAAAA